GAUCAAACACAUCUAAUAAAGAAUCAGAUUUAACUUCUAGAAAUCAAAAGAAAAAAUGAGAGGAGUUAUGUUCUUUAAAUGAAAAGGGAAUAUGGGUGGAUAGGCAGGAAAACUCCCAAUAUACUUUCGAAUACUAACUCACCACUCAGAUGUACAAAGCCACCUAGUAAAGACACAAUAUAUCUGCCCCUCAGCAUCUGGGAUGGGGAAGCAAAGCAGUACGGAGGCUGGGAGGCGAAGUGCGAGCUCUCCAGACAGUGGCUCGCUCACGCCAUCCAGACCGUAAGAUUUACUCAUGAAUGAUUGACUGCCCUUUAAAUUCUUAACGACCUGUUACAGACCAUCCAGGAUCUCAUUUUGGAUCUCCGAGUACGUUGCGUAAUGGUCACAUUGCAGCACACGGCGGAAGAAAUAAAGAGAUUAGCUGAAAAAGAAGACUGGAUUGUUGAUAUUGAAAGACUGACUUCUCUACCAUGUCAGUUUGAACAGUGCAUCGUGUGUUCUCUGCGGUCACUGAAGGGGGUUCUGGAGUGUAAGCCGGGAGAGGCCAGUGUCUUUCAACAACCUAAAACACAGGAGGAGGUUUGCCAACUAAGCAUUAAUAUAAUGCAGGUUUUUACACACUGUCUGAAACAGUUGAGCAUCAAGCCUGAUGCAGAUAUAGAUACUACACAUCUCUCUGUUGAUGUUUCUUCCCCUGAUUUGUUUGGAAGUAUCCAUGAAGACUUCACCUUGACCUCUGAACAGCGCCUUUUGAUAGUCCUAAGUAAUUACUGCUAUGUAGAACGUCACACCUUCCUAAAUAUCGCAGAACAUUUUGAAAAGCACAACUUCCAGGGAAUAGAAAAAAUAACACAGGUUAGUAUGGCCUCAUUGAAAGAACUAGAUCACAGACUCUUUGAAAAUUACAUCGAGUUGAAAGCAGAUCCCAACAUUAGCUACUUAGAACCUGGAAUUUGUGCAGGAUAUUUUGAUUGUAAAGACUGCCUGCUUCCAACAGGUGUCGGAAACUAUUUAAAAGAAGCACUGGUGAAUAUAAUUGCCGUGCAUGCAGGGGUGUUCACUAUUUCCAAAGAACUGGUCCCUCAGGUACUGUUCAAGGUGAUAGAAGCAGUUUCUGAAGAGCUCAGUCGACUGAUGCAAUGUGUUUCAUCCUUCAGCAAAAAUGGAGCUCUACAGGCAAGACUUGAAAUCUGUGCUUUAAGGGACACCGUGGCUGUUUACCUGACACCUGAAAGCAAGUCAAGUUUUAAGCAGGCCUUGGAAGUCCUACCCCAGCUUUCCAGUGGAGCACAUAAAAAGUUACUGGAAGAGCUCCUGAACAAGUUCAAGUGUAGCAUGCACUUGCAGCUCACCUGUUUCCAAGCAGCUUCUUCAACCAUGAUGAAAACAUAAAUACCUGCCAAAUAAAGGAAGUCCAGGAAAAUAACAAG